CCGUGGGUGGAAUCACUGGAAUGUCCUUGCACUUGCUAAGCCCCGAAAUCACGACGACGGCCACCAGUUUUGACAUUUUCCAAUGUUUGAUUCCCACAUUAAUAAAAAGCAUUUGUCGGCCAAUAAAAACGAUUUGUACAUGUUAAAUAAUCGGUUAAUAACGUGCACCGCGAUUUCCCGAUAGGUUGUGUUCGGUUUCGGGUCGGCCGCGCAAAAUGCAAGCUAUCAAGUGUGUUGUAGUCGGCGAUGGGUAAGUUCAAUGCAGAUAUUAUAAUACUAUUAAACAUUAAAAUAUUACAAAUAGUUACCAUUUAUAUGUCGUCAAUAUCUAUUAACACAUUCUAGACCCCAUCUUCCUUGUCCCCUAGCCUUUGUGUUAUUUCAAUUAAAAGGUUUUAUCCACUGUGUUGCAUCAUCGUUCAACUAUAUCUACACACAAAGAUAGGCAACUCAUUAAAUUAAAUAUUUUAACUCAUAAGAUUAUAGCUAACAAUGAGUCUUAUUGUCAAUGUGAAAUAUCGGAUUUGCGAUUUGUAUAAAAUAUAAUUAGUUAUCAUUUGGUGGUUAUUUCAAACAGGUAUUUCGUUAAAAAAAAAUUUUAAAAAUGAUGCUAUUGAAAUUUAUGUCUAAUUUUUUAGAAAAUUAUAAUACAUCUCCACAUUUCUGGAUUAGUUCAAGUUACUUUUAAAAUAUUAGAAUGGGGGUACCUAUUGCGUUUAUUAUUAUUAUUAUUUUUUUUUUUUCUUAAUAAAAGUGAAAUUCUAUAGUUUUAAUAUUUUGUUAUUAUUUAUAGAGCGGUUGGUAAAACAUGUUUACUCAUUAGUUACACAAGCAAUGCAUUUCCUGGAGAAUAUAUACCUACUGUGUAAGUAAUUUUUGUUUAAUCCUACAGGUGUCUACAUGAAGUAAAUAGUAUAAGGUAUACAUUUAAUUAGCUUUUAUGUAACAUCAAUAUUGUAUUGUAAUAUUACCUAUUAGUUAUUCUUGAUUAAAUUGUGCAAUUUAAUUUGUUCUAUGCUUUGAUUAAAUAUUUUAAUUAGUUUAAUUAAAUAGACAAUACUACUUUGACAAAUCAAAUGAAUUCCUUCAAUGUUUUGAUAUUCAUGACCCAUUAAAUGAUUACUUACCUAUUAAAACAAACUACCUAAGUACUAACUAUUACUUAAAGUAAUUGUUCUUUAAAAGAUAUUAUUUUAUCCUUAUUCAGAAAGCAUAUUAAUUGUAUUUAAUAUGUAAAUAUGCCAAUAAACUGCAUUUUUUUUCAUAUAUAUGUUAUUCUAAUUUAUGGCUACGAAUUGAUAAUAUCUAAAAUGUUUGAAUUUUUUAAAUAUAUGUCGUUUAUUAUUUUAGAUUCUGAGUGGAGCAAGAAAUGUCUAUUACUUUUACUAUGGUGUUUGUUUUAUUUUUCUAAAAACCACUUAUCAAUCAGAAAUCUUGCUUCAACUAUCAACAUUAUGGGUGGUUCCCGUUAAAAAUGUUUGUCUUGUUGAUAAAUUGAGGAGGAUAUUUUUUAGGCAAUAUCGUUUUCUGUUUAUUUCGAUUUUGUUUUUUUUUUGUUGUUAUUCAGUGAUAAAUAUUCAUAGAGACAUGGAGUGAAACUUUAAAUGUUCAAUUAUUUUUAUUAGCACUUUCUAAACAGUACGAUUUUCAAAAUAUUCCAUCUGAUUAUUAAUUAUUUGUAGCUAUUUGGAUUUUUUGAAUUUAUUUACCCUUAUUAAAAUUAUCAAAAAUUUAAUACAAAAUUAAUUAUAAGUUGUACUUAUGUUGUAGUAAAAACCAGAAAAAAAUGAAUUUAAAAUUCAACAAUUUACAAAACUCGUAAAAUAACGGCAUCAUUUUAAGUAUUUAUUUUUUGGUAAUUGUUAUGAGAUGUAUUUUGUAUAAAGAAAAAAAAUAUAAAUUAAUACAAUAUUAAAAUUUAAAUUCAUCCACAAAUGUUCAAUUUAAAUUCUAUUUUCGUUUGCAAUGAUUGGCUCCGUGGCUUUUUUAAUCAUUUAAAUUGGAACUUAUGUUUAUAACAAACUUAUUUUACUUUUAUAAUUAGUAGAUAAAUAGUAUAUUUUUUUUAUUUUUUAUAUACCUGUACUGAAUUUAACUAAUUAUGUUGCACAUCUUGUAUAUUAAAUACUGUAAUUUAUCUUAUUUAAUUUUAGAUUUGAUAACUACUCAGCCAAUGUAAUGGUUGAUGGGAAGCCAAUAAACUUAGGAUUAUGGGAUACUGCUGGUCAAGAAGAUUACGAUAGACUGAGGCCUCUAUCAUAUCCACAAACAGUAUGUUAAAUUUAAAUUUACAACGUUAAUUAAUCAAAAUUUGAAUAAUCAUCAUAUCUCCAUGAAGCUAACAUUUUAUUUAUAUCCGCACAGAAUAAGUUCUCAGUUACAAGAAAAUAAAAUAUAAUUUUUGCAAAAUUAUAAUUAAAAUAAUAAUGAAAAAGUUCACUAAAUAUUCUCUGGUUAAACAACUCUGCAAAUUGUACACAAAUAAAAUUAGUUCAACAACUUGUCAAUUCAAAAAUUCUGUGUUUGAUAUCAUUUAUUUAUUUUAUAGAACCAAUACAGUUAUCGGUUCAGUAAAAUUUCAUAAAACCUGGUACGAAUCUUGUAAAGUUUUAGCACAUGAUUGAUUUCAUAAUAUAUGUAGGAAUAGUUUUUAGUAUGAAUUAUAGAUUAUAGUAUAGAAUGAAUUAUUUUUUUCAUCAAUUUGAGGUGUGGUCCUUAUGAAGCGGACUUUUAGUCUAUGUGAUGCCUAGGUAUUUGACCUUUGAUGUUAAACUAUUAAAUGUAUAAUACAAAUUAUUGACUGUUGUGUUUUUGUUAAUUAUCAAUUUUUUUAAUCGGAUAUUUUUUUUUCAGGAUGUAUUUCUUAUAUGUUUUUCAUUAGUAAAUCCUGCAUCAUUCGAAAAUGUGCGAGCUAAAGUAAGAUAAUAAUUAUUAUGGAAAUAAUUGUUUUUCAAGUCAAUAUAAUAUUAAAUUCAUGUGUUUUAGUGGUAUCCAGAAGUUCGACAUCAUUGUCCAAGUACUCCAAUUAUAUUAGUUGGUACAAAACUUGAUUUACGAGAGGAUAAAGAAACUAUUGACAAGCUAAAGGAAAAGAAAUUAACUGCUAUCACAUAUCCACAGGUGCCUAUUAUUGUUCCAGUACAUUUAGUAUUUUGUUUUCCUCACAUGCUUAAUUUUUAAUCAUUUAUAGGGUUUAUCAAUGGCCAAAGAAAUUGGAGCAGUUAAGUACUUGGAAUGUAGUGCUCUUACUCAGAAGGGUUUAAAAAUUGUAUUCGAUGAAGCCAUUCGAGCAGUUUUAUGUCCUGUAUCGCCUGUGAAGCCAAAACGUAAAUGCGCAAUAAUUUAACAAUCAUGACUAUGUUGUCACUGGUGAGUUAACUUCUUAUUUUUGAAGUAUUUUCCAAUUGUGUAUUUUGUGUGAUUCGGAUGUAUAGUUUUAAUAGUUUUAAAAAUGUCUAUAAUUGCAAUACCUGUUAUAAUAAUAACAGACAUUACUAAAUAAUGAUGAAUCAAUUAAUACUUUUUAUAAUUUGAAAUUACUUUAAUAUAUUUAUGAAAUAGGGACUUUAAAUCCAACAGAGGAUUGUCCAAGACUGGUAACAAUCAGUUCACAGAUUGAUACACAUUUUGCUUGUGUACAACAACUAACAAUAAACAAAAGUUCUUCCUGCAAAAUAAUAGAACGCACAUAAUAAUUAAAUUGUGUAAUGUAUAGUAUGGUAAGAAAUUUAUAUAUUAACUAGGGACCUAUAAUGCUGUUGAACAAACUUAUGGCCUAAUUUUAUAGUCUAAUCAUGUAAUCUAUAUAGCUUAAUCAUUUUUAUAUUAAAAAAUAAACUUAUAUAUUAUGUAUUUAAAUAAUCCA